CGCCAUGAUAGAACAACAGAAGCGCAAGGGCCCAGAGUUACCUCUGGUCCCAGUCAAGAGGCAGCGGCAUGACUUGCUCUUGGGAGCGGCAGGGUCGGGCCCCGGAGCGGGGCAGCAGCAGGGAGCUUUGCUGCAAGCGGGACCUCCAAGGUGUUCCUCCCUUCAAGCCCCAAUCAUGUUGCUCUCAGGACAUGAAGGAGAAGUGUAUUGUUGCAAGUUUCACCCCAAUGGAUCCACCUUAGCAUCUGCAGGAUUUGACCGAUUGAUAUUGUUGUGGAAUGUCUAUGGUGAUUGUGAUAACUAUGCCACAUUAAAGGGACACAGCGGAGCUGUGAUGGAACUACAUUAUAACACAGACGGCAGUAUGCUCUUCUCAGCAUCCACAGAUAAAACUGUAGCUGUGUGGGAUAGUGAAACAGGCGAGAGGGUUAAAAGACUGAAGGGACAUACUUCCUUUGUGAAUUCCUGCUAUCCGGCUAGGAGAGGUCCCCAGCUUGUCUGCACUGGCAGUGAUGAUGGUACAGUUAAGCUUUGGGACAUCCGUAAGAAAGCAGCCAUCCAGACAUUUCAAAACACCUACCAAGUGUUAGCUGUGACCUUCAAUGACACAAGUGACCAGAUUAUUUCUGGUGGCAUAGACAAUGAUAUCAAGGUCUGGGACCUGCGCCAAAACAAGUUAACCUAUACUAUGAGAGGCCAUGCAGAUUCAGUGACCGGCCUGAGUUUAAGUUCUGAAGGCUCUUAUCUCUUGUCUAAUGCAAUGGACAAUACAGUGCGAGUCUGGGAUGUCCGGCCGUUUGCCCCCAAAGAGAGAUGUGUGAAGAUAUUUCAAGGAAAUGUGCACAAUUUUGAAAAGAAUCUUCUGAGAUGUUCUUGGUCACCUGAUGGAAGCAAAAUAGCAGCUGGCUCAGCUGACAGGUUUGUGUAUGUGUGGGAUACCACAAGUAGAAGAAUUCUGUAUAAGCUGCCCGGCCAUGCUGGCUCCAUCAAUGAAGUGGCUUUUCACCCCGAUGAGCCCAUCAUUCUCUCGGCAUCCAGUGACAAGAGACUAUAUAUGGGAGAGAUUCAAUGA